AUGUUCCGCUUCAGCAAAACCCUCGACCCAAUCACCCUCUUCCACUCCCCCACCCUAGCCUCCUCAACUCGCACCCUCAACAUCCUCAAACAAGCCUCGGCAACGGCCGCCGAAACCGCAACAGAGGACCAGGCCAGCGACUACUCGACGCAGGCCAGGCAGCAGCGCGGCGAGUUCGAGCUGGAGGUGACGACGGAUGUGCCGACGCUGGACCAGCUGCGCAGCAUCCUCGACUACAUCUCGCCGGUCAGCGGGGUCGGCGGGCAGGGCGAGAAAACGACGUAUGCGGUGUCGGAGCUUGUGAAAGAGGCGCGCGAUGCGGAGGAUGCGUUGAAGAAGUUUAAGGAGGAUCAGGGGCGGUUUGUGAGACCUGUUACUGUCGACUGGGUCAACGGCCGCGCUGUUAUCGGCGAUGGCGAGUCCGAGAUCCUGCGUAUGGUGCGCCAGCUGCCGCAGAACUAA